UGGAAAGGAAAUCUUCCUUUGUUUACCUGUGUUGCACAGUCUUCUUGAUUCCUCGCAGAGAAAAAAAAAAAGGAACUUGAGAAGGAGAGGUGUAAGAGAGAUUUCGUUUCACACUUUAGUUUGAAGUUGUAUGUUUGCUAAAGCGAACCUUCAACUCCAUGUUGGGAGAAUUUUGAGAGUUUGAACCAGAAUUCCUGAGUUGACAGAGUUUCUGUGUUGCCGUCAUUAGCGUGUGAGUGUGUUGAGGACAGACUGGGGGAGGAGCCUCUAUUUAACUUCCUUGUGGAGGUGGGGGUUGAGGAAAGCAAAAGAGUGGUGGAGGACAAGCCAUGAGGGGAGGAGUCCCAAAAAACUCUCUCGUCUUAUUUGAUGAAACACUGAUCACAUGAGGUCAGAACUUCACCAACAGAGGGAGAAGUCAGUGUUGUAUUUUCUGUCCAGGUAUGUGUGUGUGUGAGAGAGACAGAAAGAGGACAAGGGAGUAAGAACUUUGGAAUCUUAUCAUGAGAAGGUGAGAAGUGAGAAACACAGAGGUGCUGAGUUCUGUUCUGUGGAACAACACACACACACACGUGUGGCGCAGGAAGAAUGCCCACCAACUUCACGGUGGUGCCGGUGGAGGAUGGUAGCAGGAGAGGGUCUCGGCAUGGGAGUGUCUGCUUAGAAGAGGACAGGGAGGGGCUGACCCCUGGGGGAUACUCAGUUGGAGAUGACACUCCCAGAGAGAGCAGGCCUUUCAUCAACGACGAAGACAAAGGGGCCUACUACGAUGGCAAGAACAUGGCCCUGUUUGAGGAGGAGAUGGACAGCCACCCCAUGGUGUCCUCCCUGCUCAACAAGCUGGCCAACUACACCAACCUCACACAGGGCGUCAUCGAGCACGAGGAGGCCGAGAACGAGGAGGGGGGCGUCAAGAAGGUCACCGUCACGGCCCCUCAGAUGGGCACCUUCAUCGGGGUGUACCUGCCCUGCAUGCAGAACAUCCUGGGGGUCAUCCUCUUCCUACGACUCACCUGGAUCGUCGGCACAGCAGGCAUCAUGGAGACCUUCGCCAUCGUGUUCAUGUGCUGCGCUUGUACCAUGUUGACUGCCAUAUCCAUGAGUGCUAUUGCAACUAACGGAGUAGUACCAGCUGGGGGCUCGUACUACAUGAUCUCCAGGUCUCUGGGUCCAGAGUUCGGAGGAGCCGUGGGUCUGUGUUUCUACCUUGGGACAACGUUCGCUGGAUCCAUGUACAUCCUGGGAACCAUCGAGAUCCUGCUGACCUACAUCGUUCCCAGCUGGGCAGUGUUUGUGGCAGAGAAGCAGGAGGAUGAGAAGGGAGCUCUGCUCAACAACAUGCGUGUGUACGGCACCUGCUGCCUGGCCCUCAUGGCUCUGGUGGUGUUUGUGGGGGUGAAGUACGUCAACAAGCUGGCGCUGGUGUUCCUCUCCUGUGUGGUGCUCUCCAUCAUGGCCAUCUACGCCGGGGUCAUCAAGACGGCCAUCGAGCCGCCGGAUUUCCCUAUCUGUCUUCUGGGGAACCGUUCUCUGAAGAACCACAACUUCGACAAGUGUCUGAAGACGGAGGAGAUCAGGAACGUGACCCACACCACUCAGCUGUGGGGCCUGUUCUGCGACAGCGCCGCCCUCAACGCCACCUGCGACGAGUACUUCACCCUUAACAACGUGACGGAGAUCCAGGGCAUCCCGGGUCUGCUCAGCGGGGUCAUCUCAGACAACAUGUGGGGGGACUAUGGUCCCAGUGGUAUGCUGGUUGAGACAAAGAACCAUGCGUCGGUCCCCAGCCAGGACAGCUCCAACGACAUCAACAAGCCUUACGUCUCCAACGACAUCGCUACCUUCUUCACCCUGCUGGUGGGCAUCUACUUCCCCUCCGUCACAGGAAUCAUGGCAGGCUCCAACAGAUCAGGUGACCUGAGAGACGCUCAGAGGUCCAUUCCCAUUGGCACCAUCCUCGCCAUAGCAACCACCUCUUUCAUCUACAUUUCCUGUGUGGGUUUGUUUGGAGCGUGUAUUGAAGGAGUUGUGCUGAGAGACAAGUGAGUAUGAGAUCAAUGUCCUGUUGCUCUGUACCCAAAAAAUAAUCAUUAAACAUGUUGUUAAACCUCAGCCAUAUCUCACACAGCUACCCUGCAACAUAUAUUAAUCAUAAACUGUCAGGUUCAUACAACGGGACAGCAACAGUUGGCAUGAUGGCAGGCUAAAAGUGUGUGCUUAAGUGUGUGUGUGUGUGUCUCCUGAUACAGUAGCAUGUACUGCUGUGUCAGGACUCGCAGUAUCUCCACACUCUCACAGUACGGUACAAAGGUAAACCUAGAGGACGUGUCUUGCAGGAAAUAACCAAGCCAGACCAGUGUUGUGUUAAACCG